CCCUAUUCCCCGCAACGUGGCGCUGGGUACCAAGUGUUUGACGUUUCGUUUUCCAAUCAGUCAAUAAUAAGAGCACUGGGGAGGUUAGCAAGGAACAUAGAACCAUGGUUAUCACAUCAGAGGUACACCUCCCAACUGAAGAGGAGCUGACUGUCCCCGAAGUCAACAUUUCUAGUGCUGCCCUUCGUGCCGGUGCAUUUCACUUAGGAAAAGAUUGCUUAAAUGAGAACAAUGAGUUCAUGUUAUGCCGUGAGGAGCUGGACGAUCCACGGAAAUGUCUUGCGGAGGGCAAGGCAGUGACCAACUGUGCCCGGUCAUUUUUCCAAAAAGUGAAGAAGAGCUGUCAUGAGGAGUUCGUGCAAUACGCCAACUGCUUGGACAAGAGCAGCGGAAAUUUCAGCUUUGAUAUGUGCCGCAAGACUCAAGGUGUUUUCGAUAAAUGUAUGAAAGAUAACUUCGAUAUGGAUCGACCAGAAUACGGCUAUUUUGCUAGGGCCCAGGUCCAUCAUACCAAUCGUCCGGCUCCCCCAAAACCAGAAAAGAAAAUUUAUGCAGAUGCAACUCCUGGCUUGCCAGAAGAUUACCCCAAACCACCAGCAAAGUAUGGUUCACGUUUCCAUUGGUUGGAAUAAUCAGUGAGAAUAGAAUUCCGCAGUCCGGUUAGUUUCAUUGAUUUGUAAAUGUAAUACGAAAUAAAAUUUAUUGAAUUCAGAAA